AUGCAUCGUCUGCUGCAUAGCAUGGCGGCGCUGACUGUAUCUGUGCGACCUUUGAGUAUCUUACGCUCAGAGAAAACGCAAAUUAUUCCGCAUAAUCUAUCUCUAGCCAAAGAGAAGCCCAUUCCGCCACCGCGCGUGAUUGCGUCUGCGCUGAAGAUCAAAGUGAAGCCGUCGGGAGAUCUGGAGCUCCAGAUACAAUCAAUUGCUGGUGAUGCACCGAACCUCGGAAAUGUCAGCUUGGAUUCCGCGGUAUUUGGGGCACCUGUUCGCAUUGACAUUCUGCAACGUGUUGUGCGCUGGCAGCUGGCGUGCCGUCGUGCAGGCACCAACAAGACUAAGACGCGAUCAGAAGUAAGUGGCUCGACGCGCAAGCCAUGGAAACAAAAAGGUUCCGGCCGUGCUCGUGUGGGUGAUAUUCGUGCACCGCAGUGGCGUGGAGGAUACCGCGUACAUGGCCCAGUGCUACGGGACUUUUCCUAUAGCUUGCCUAAGAAGGUUCGCGCAAUGGGCUUGCGCGUAGCGCUGUCAACCAAACUUCGAGAAGGAAAACUGGCUGUCAUUGACUCACUUGAUACUGAUGUCAGUAAGACUAAAGAUAUGAAGAAAUUGUUGGGCAGUCGUGGAUGGAAUCAUGCGCUCUUUGUAGGAGGCAAGGAGGUGAAUUCAGAUUUUGAACUAGCCACCCGCAAUAUACCAUACGUGGAUACGAUCCCGCAAAACAAGAUUAAUGUUUACUCGAUCCUGCAAAAGGACCUGCUUAUCAUCACCAAAGACGCUGUCGAGUACCUAGAAAAGCGUCUCCACGUCGACUAA